CAUUUAAAGUUGUGAUUGAAAAAGAAGAUUCAUAUUUAAUAGAAUUUUUUGAUAUGAUAGUAAAUGUGAUAAUUUCCAAUACACAAUCAGCAUACAAUAAAGAAGAGAUUCAACUGGUUCAACUAAUGAAUUUAUAG